AUGGAGAAAGUUGUGAAUGCACUGAACAGAAUGGCAAACAGCAACGCGGUGAUGAAUGUUUUUCUACUGGGAUGCUUUGGGGCUAUGAGUGUUAGGUCAAUGGGAACGCAGAGACAGAUUGAGGCGCUGGAAGCGGAAAAAGAUUCUCUGGCUUUAGCCAAUAAGGCGAUGAAAAGCGCUAUUUGGGACUGGAAAAAGCAACUCUAUGCUGAAGCUGAGGCCGCUGAGGAAGCUUUCUCAAAGGGCUCUAAAGCCGCUGCCACCGGUGUUAUUUCUCUCUCUAAGCUUAAGGCUAUUUAUGGUGAAGUCACUAAGGUCCCAUCAACAGUUCCAGCUGGGGGUAAUCCUAACACGGCAGAUGGUAAAUCAUCUGCUUCUUCAAAGAUUAUAGUUUGA